AUGGCAGACGAAGAGGGUAUUCAGACUAACGACCAUGCUGCUCCUGAGCGUGCAGUGGAAGCCCUCGUCAUACAAGAUGAGCUACCUCCGCCAACCAAAAUGCGACAGUGCAUGAUCGUCGCAGCGGGCUUCAUAGUCAUGUUCAUGACCUGCGCAAUCAUUUUCGCUUACGGUGUAUACCAAGCUAUCUACGAAGAAAUGGCCAAACAACCACAGACGCCCUUCACGGGCACAUCAUCUUCAAUUAUCAGUUUAAUCGGAACACUGUCUAUCGCCGUCAUGUCCAUGGGCGGGCCCUUCGCCAUGACCUGGGCGAAACUAUACGGUCCCCAGCCGGUGAUCAUGUGCGGCGGCGUUGUAUUCGGACUCGGUUGUAUCCUCGCCAGCUUAAGCGAGUAUGUCUGGCAAUUCGCCUUGACACAAGGUAUCCUUGUGGGCAUGGGUACAUGCAUGGCCUACGUACCGACCAUGUCUGUCGCGCCAACGUGGUUCGACAAGCGGCGAGGUCUGGCGAUGGGCAUCGUUAUCUCUGGCUCGGCUUGUGGUGGAAUGAUUUGGCCCCCCGUUCUACGGGCUAUUACUUCGCACAUCGGAUUCCGCAAUGCGCUGCGUAUUUCGGGUUGUCUCGUUAUUCUUUUCGUUCCCAUCGCGGGCUUUACUUUGCGCUGGGAGCCGAACUUCAAGGCGAAGGUUCGAGGCCAGACAGCUGGAGUUUCCAGAAAGACGGGCUGGAUCAAUGUUCCUCUGGUCAAUUGGCGAGUGGCCAAGUCCAAGAAGUUUGUCUCGCAGGCUCUGGGUUGUUUCCUGCAGUCGUCUGGAUAUGCGACGCCUCUAUUCUUCUACGCUGCCUUUGCGCGGUCUCUGGGAUAUAGUGAGACCAUGGCGGAUAAUUUUAUCACGAUCAGCAACGCGGCCAACUUCGUUUCUCGAAUCGUCAUUGGUUACAUGGCUGACAAGUAUGGUCGCUUGAACGUGCUCUUCCUGACAACCGUUAUGAGUUCGAUUGCCGUCUUUGCCUUCUGGCUUCCUGCCACGUUUGCGAAUAACGCAAUCUCUGGAACUGCGGCGGAUGUACUUUUCAUCUUGUUCGCUAUAUUGUAUGGCUGCUUUGGCAGUGCAUACAUCUCGCUCUUCCCGGCUAGUCUGAUCGAGUUGUUUGGUGUUCAACAUUUCACGUCGGUUAACGGGGCGUUGUAUCUGAUUCGAGGAAUGGGUGCCUUGCUUGGAACACCUUUGACUGGACUGUUAUUACCCGGACAGUCUGCCCUGUCGGCGCCUUUCAAUUAUGAAAGGGCGACUAUUACUGUGGGCGUGUUGCUCUUCGCUGCUAGUGUAGCCACGCUUUGGGUGAGAAUUGAGGGUGCAGCUGGGAAGGCUUGGACAUGGAAGCUGUAA